GAUGUCUCUUAAAAUGGCGGACGGAGAACUGAACAUAGACACGGUCAUCACCCGGCUUUUAGAAGUUCGGGGAUGCAAGCCAGGCAAGACGGUGAAUUUGACGGAAUCAGAAGUCAGGGGACUGUGUCUUAAGUCAAGGGAGCUCUUCCUUAGUCAACCAAUCCUCCUAGAACUUGAAGCGCCGCUGAAAAUAUGUGGUGACAUACACGGUCAGUUCACAGACCUUUUAAGGCUCUUUGAAUAUGGUGGCUUCCCACCAGAGUCCAACUAUCUAUUCCUAGGAGACUACGUGGACAGGGGAAAGCAGUCGCUAGAAACCAUCUGUCUACUGCUAGCUUAUAAGAUCAAAUAUCCAGAGAACUUCUUCUUACUGAGGGGCAACCAUGAAUGUGCUAGCAUCAAUAGGAUCUAUGGCUUCUACGAUGAGUGUAAAAGACGCUACAAUGUCAAAUUAUGGAAGACGUUCACAGACUGUUUUAACUGCUUACCGAUUGCUGCUAUCAUCGAUGAGAAAAUCUUCUGUUGUCAUGGAGGGCUUUCACCAGACUUGCAGUCUAUGGAACAGAUCAGACGCAUCAUGAGACCAACUGAUGUUCCUGAAACCGGUUUGUUGUGUGAUUUGCUGUGGUCUGAUCCUGACAAGGACACGACAGGCUGGGGUGAGAAUGAUCGCGGAGUCUCCUUCACGUUCGGCGGUGACGUCGUCUCGAAAUUCCUCAACAAGCACGACUUGGAUUUGAUAUGCAGAGCUCACCAGGUGGUUGAAGACGGAUAUGAAUUCUUUGCCAAGCGUCAACUCGUCACCUUAUUCUCAGCGCCCAACUACUGUGGGGAGUUUGACAAUGCUGGGGGCAUGAUGAGUGUAGAUGAAACGCUCAUGUGCUCAUUUCAGAUUUUGAAACCCUCGGAGAAGAAGGCCAAGUACCAGUAUGGCGGUUUGAACUCUGGACGUCCAAUCACUCCACCCAGGGGAGGUAACAAGAAAUGAACUGUCCAAUCAAGGCAAUCACAGCAACGGGGAUUAAGGUAGAACUACUCGGCAUUAGGGAUCAAAGGUCUAAGGUUCAAACUCCCAAUCAUGAUCUUGGUACAGUCAAUGCAACAUUAUUUGAUGGGUUACGUAGGGUCGAUGCACUAUCAUUAGGUGCAUUUCGUAGGGUCAAUGCAUCAGCAUUUGCUGGGUUUCGUGGGAUCAAUGCAACAUUAGCUGCAUAUCGUACGGGCAUUUUAUCUUUCCUCAAACAAAUUGAAAUAAGAAUGAAAAAAAAGUACAAUUGUUUUCUCAUUACUCUUUUUUUCUAAAUAUAUGGUAUUAGUCAAACAUCAUCUCAGUAGAUAAGACUUUGAUUACUUGCCAAGGAGUCUUAUCAAAUUGUUAACAAUGGUUUGCUCUGCUGGCCAAAUGGAAAGUUUGAGUUGAAAUUAUAGAAGAACCAAAAAAGCAAACAUUAUAUUAGUCAUGAAUCAAUAGACCUUGGUGACAGCCAUUUUAAUAAUGUUUUUUUGUAAAGGUGAGUUAACAUGAAGUCUCCAUUAAUCUGUUUUAAUUUUUGAUUUGUAUUUACCUUUUUUCAUUUAAACAUAUGAUUAUUUCCAAAUUGCCUAGGUCGAAAUGUACCCUACUUUUUGCAAACCUCUGUAUUUCAAAGAACAUUGUUGGUUUGGGUGAAACACAUAAUGCAAAGUUUGAAAUCCUUUAAAAAACAAUUAUUGUAAUCUUCAUGUAAUCUUCAUGAUUUUAUAUUUUGGGCUCUUUUGGGUUGGGUUUGAACAUUGUCAUUACCUGUAAAUAUUUGUACAGUCUGCCAUAGGGGAAAAAAGCAAAAUAAUUUGUAAGCAAAUAAUGCAAAAAACCAAAAGGGACUAACACGUAGUUUUGAACUGAGUAAAGGCCUUUUUUCUUUCUUGUAUAUUAUCAUAAACAUAUUUUGUAAUGCUUCUAGAGAUGCAAACGAAGAAGAAACUUAACAACACUGCACAACAAAGUGGAGAACAAUUCCGUCACUUUCUUGAGAAAUGCCCUUGUCGUUUUUUAUCCCAUCCAUACAAGUUUCAAAUCUUAAGGUAAACUUCUAAUUCCAACUGUUUGUCUCUUGUUUCUGGUUCCUUUUUUGAAGACUAACACACUCUGAUGAUUUAAUGCAAAGUUUCAUUGUUUUUUGCGAGUCUCUAUUUUGUUCUGGUCUGUAGCUUGUGCGCACGUACGCAGGAAGUCAAACACAAGUCUGUUUAUCUUCAUUACACAAACACUCACAAACAUAGUGCCAGUAAAGAAACAAUAUUAUUGCAUGUUUGCUUGAUCACAUAUGUGUCCCUGCGUUUAUGUAUAGCACUAAAACGUGUAAGUCAAAUCGAUGAUGGGAAUGGAAUACUGAGAUGAUCAUAUGAUGUGUCCAAUAUUAGUUUGUUUAACUCAAAUUUAACAUAAAUUGGGUCAUCUUUUAUGAUUCUUGUCAACAUGGUUUAACAUAUUAUUGAUUUAUAUUAACAGAUCAAUGCUCCAUUUUGCAUUACGUUUAUUUGACUUUCUUUUCAUUGUAUUAUAAAUAAUUAUAUCAAAGCUGUUAUUGAGACUGAUUGGUUUACUUAGCUAUUUAAGUUCAUUUUAGCUGAUUUAGAAGAGUAAAAAAAGGAAUGUUUUAAAUAUAAUGUUAUUGUUUGCGAGAGUGGCAUUUGUAUGCAGAUUACAAUUUUUUACGUAUGAUAAUGUCAUGCGAAAAUGUGGGGUGAGGAGAGUCAUGAAAGGUAUUCUGCUAAAAAGGUGUUUUACAAAUUCAGAAGAAAAUCGGCACCAAGCUCCUUCACGACUGCUGUUUGAUUUUUGGGAUGUAAUUAUUUGUACAAUUGUUUUUGUUUGAUUAUAUAUUUGAAAGUCACAUGCCAACUGUUAUAUUUUUUUAAUUGGUUUAGCUGGGUAUAAAUCACGAAAAAGGUAGCCAGUGUUUUGUUGUCUCAAAAUGUUCCGAAGUGAAAACUCAAAUGAGUUGGCAUUAUUUAUUUUGUUAAUUAUUUUGGCCAAAUGGUAUUUCUCCUUCACUUCCAGUGUAUUUAUGCCUUUUUUUGUUGAUCGACUUCAAAGCGUCCUUUUACACUACAUGCUGAAAUAAGUUUGAUUUAGAUGUUGCCUAAAAGAUCACCCAGCGCCUUUUGUUGAUGUCCUCAACUGGAAAAGCAUUGCAACCAAAGCAACAGCAGAAGACAGGAACUGAAAAGUGACUAGAAAUUCUGAUUAGAAAAUUUGUUAUUUUGCAGCUAAUUGAAAGAGAAAUUGUCAUGCAGUUUGUCUUUACUGUGCAAUGAAAAUACUUCAAGCUUGAUAUUUGUUAAUGUUUUGUUCUUGUAGGUGGUUAGUAAGACAAGUAAUUGCAUUCGAAAAGAUGGUUGAAGGAUUAUUGCAAUGAAUUGGUGGAUUAAUACUCCACUCAGGUUCUGAGCAACCAACUUUGUUCACAGUUUAAAGAAAAGGCAACUCUGUCGGUUGGUGAACUGUUUUGUUUUGUUGGUUGCAUUUGCCUUUACUGCAGUUCAAUUUAAGGCAGGAAAAUCAUUGCUUCUUUUGAAAUCCAGUAGAAGGGAUCAAAGAGUAAAGGUUGAACACCUACAACAAUUAACUGAAUAGAAAUGGGAGAAUUACAGAAAUUUUUUGUAUAGGAAUAGUAAGCCUAGUUGUUGAAAUGUUAAAAGUAUUUUGAAGUGAGGUAGGGUUUUGAUACACGAUUCAUUGUAAUUCUCAGUUGCCGACGAAUGAUUUGUUUUUUUUUAUAAAUUCAGUGCCUUCCGGACAUUUUUUUAUUUUUAGCGAGUUUCAGUUCAAGUAGGUUCUUAAAUGUUGCAGUGGUGCUCAAAGAAAAAAAUACCCUGUGAGGGGGUCAAGAUGUCUCUCACAAUGGCACAAGCUGAAACAGUAAACAGUGGAGUCUAACAUGGGCUUUUUUUAACUCCCACUAGACAGUUUGGGAUGAUUUGCAGUGUCGGAAGUGUAUGUUUUCCCUCUAUCUAUAAAGGAGAGAACAUUCACUCAAAAUGAAUCAGUGAAAGUGUCGCCUCGUGCCAAAAUGUGACAACCUAAACAUCAGCCAUACGAUGUCUUCAACAAUCUAUAGGUGGAGAAAUACUUGCCAUGUAGAACCAAUAAGGUGUUAUUCUCAUAUAUUUUGAUGAUGAGUCAAAUUCAAGUUUUGAGUUUUGGUAAUUUCUUGUUAUUCGAGUAAAACUGAUUCAAGUUUUGAGGUUUGGUAAGACGUGUUCGGUUUUGGCAUGAGAGCGUCUCAAACGAUUCAGGGAUUGUUUUCCUAUUUAACUGAUGUUCAAAAAAAUUCGAGUAGACUUAUAGCCACAGAGAGGUUACUAGUGAAAUAAAUAAAUAUAUUAUAUUUAAUCAUUGUGUUUAAUAGCCUCUUGUGGCUCAGAGUUUAAAACGACACUAACUUUUACUAUUACUCCCCUUUUUUCUUCAGAAAGAUGUUUUGUCGAUGUUAUUGUAGAAUUUUAUGCCAAUGUAAAAAGUUAUUGCACUUUCAUUAGAAAAUAAACUGUUUUACAAACAA